AUGCCACCUCGUUUAGAUCAAGGCAAACUAGGUAGACUCGAUGGAGAUCACCAAAAGAUCAAGGACUACGAUAUCAGGGAGAAUGAGCAGAAGAAGAAAGUGGCUUGGAUUUAUACCAAGCAGGAAUUAGACUAGAAGAAGCAGCAUGACGAAAAGCUCAAACAGCAACUAGACUAGGAAAGUCAGUAGAAUUACGGUUCAGCCAUUAGGUCUCCCAACAGCCUUACAGUAGCCAACAUGUUUACAACUGCACAAACAGGUACUAGUACCAAUCAUUUCCAGAGUACGUAAUUCCAGAGCAAGGAGGGCGCUAAGUUUGAGAGCUAGAAAGCUCUGGUUAAGCCUAAGAAUGUGGGCUAAUUCGAUUAAUCUCAGGUAGCUUUCAGCUAUGUGCAAAACCCUGUCUCAAAACAGCAAGAUAAAAAAGACAAAAAGAAAUAAACCGAGAAGGAGCUCGAGGAGCAGGAAUAAAAGUUGAAAGAGGAAUUCGAAAGAGAUGUAUCUAAGAAGCUGCAGAAGAAGUCGAAGAACGCCAUGAUUGAGGUGCCUAUGUACCUGACCUAGGAGGAGUUGAUGGGCUAGUUCCAAAAGAAUAAGAACCAACUUUAGUAAUUGCACUAAGAAAGGUAAAAAUAGUACUACUCCCAGUUUGAUUAGGAAUUCCAAGGCAACGACACUAAGAAUUUAAAUGACAAGUUCAAGAAUAUUGGCUAGGAUGAUAUUGACGACGAGAUGGAGUUCGAUAAUUUAAAAGACGAAAUUGAAGAGGACAUGUUCUUGAAGGGAGAAAUUCCAAAAGCAAAGGACCCGUUCAGCAAUAAGCUAAAUCAAUACAAUAAGAAUAAUAACAAAAAGGAAGACGGCAGUAAAACCACUGAUAACUCUUAUGACUCUGGAGCAACCAGCGCAAGUCAGUUCAGAUCAAAUAAUAGUAAGUACAACAGAUUACCGAAUGGGCUUAUUAUGAAUCAUGAUAAGGAGCAGCUAAUUAAAUAAAAUGACAUGCUAGCCAAGGUGAACUUAAGGAUAGCUAAAAAUAAAGUAAAAAAUGGAGAGGUUCAAUUGCCUAUCAAAAAUGCAGCAAGCAAAGGUGAUGAGUUUGAGAGAUUCAAGCUAACUCUUAAGUUUGCAUUCUCAAUUCUUCAUAACCUAACCUUUUAAGACGUGUUUCAAAAGAGCCCUCUAAGGCCUUUGCCAGGAGAAACAUUUGAAGGUCAUUACAUCUACCACAAUGUGAGUAAUGUAUUUAUGGAAAGCGACUUCCUUGAGUUUGACUACGUUGAUAAGCUUACGCUCAAAGAUGUUAAUAUCUCUAUUGAUGAUCCCACUACCUAUAUUCAUAUAGAGAGUCCGGGAAAGUAUGAAAUAUUUGGAAACUUAACCUAUCAAUAAAAGUGGAAAGGCAACAAUAUGGUAAUUACUCUGCCUGGCAUCUUAAAUGUCAAGUUCUUUGACCAAGAAGGUGCCGACCAGAUAAUUGAAUUUUAAUUGCCAGAGUACAUUUUAUCAGGUUACUACUAUGUAGGCAAGCCAGCUAUGAUCUUAAUUAAUGGGCCUUUAGUUGUGGUUGACAAGAAAAAUGAGAUUAAAUCUGUAGUGCUCUUUCAAGGUCUCUUAACUGAAAAAAAUCUAUGCGGAGUAGAAUAUGUAGCAAACACUCGUAAAGACAUGAAGAUAGUUCAGGGCCUGAUAUACAAAUACAAUCCCAAGAAAACCUAGCAGUUCAUUGACAAAUGCAAAACUUUCAACAUUGAAAAUAUCAAAGAUCUUUACGAUGUCGACUACAAACUAGAGAGAAUCUAGGGUAAUGCUAUUGACUACUAUGAAAUAGAGGAGGUACCACAGUCAGAUUGGAAGAAUUUAGAUGUAGCAGAUCCGAUUCCUAGUGAAAUAGCUCUGCCGAGUGAUAUGAGAUUCAGAGAAGAUCUGAUCUGGUUGAAUAGAGAGGAUAAGGGCAAGGGUAAAGUCUGGCGUGGCAUGAUGAAAGAACAGGCCUAUAAAGAUCUAGGAGGAAGUACGAAGAAGGGAGGAAAGGUACCUCGUAAGAAACCUAAAAGAGCUUACUGA